GUUACAGAAAUCGAAGAAGGCUAUGACUAAGGACGAGGUUGCCCUGCUUGUAGAUCUAAUACAGAGCAACCCAAUUAUUACCAGUAAGGAGACCAAUGCUUCUACAAAUAAAUUGAAAUAUGAAUGUUGGAUUUCAUUGACCAACACAUUCAACGCAAAAAGUGGUCAAAUACCAAGAAAACCAGACCAACUUAAAUUAAAAUGGGAUAAUCUGAAGAAAGCAGCUCGUAAAAGAGCUGCAAAUAUCAGAAUGAACAAUUUGCAGACUGGCGGUGGCAAACCGGACUUUAUUCCACCAGACGAAACCUUGGACAAAGUGGCCAGUUUAUUGGGAUCUACAUGUUCAGGGUUUGAUGUUCCGGUUCGUGGUGAUGGAGUGGGUGAAAGAAUUUUAUUUGAAGAUAUCAAUGCAGCAGAUGAAACUGCAGAACAACCUCCCUCAGAAAGCGCAACAGUUCACAUCCCUGAUACAUCACCUAUGCCUCUAAAUACAACAAAAAAGAGGAAAAUAGACUUCAGCCCCCAGCCUGAAACUUCUGGGUGCUUUGUACAAAAUUCGAAAAAUAUAUACGGAAUGACCUCUAUGUCCAAGUCCCUGCAAAGCAAAGCCGAAAAAUUCAUACAUAACAGGGAUGAUGGACGGCGCGAACUAAAUUUGGCAAUGGCCAAAUAUUAUGAAAAAAAGACAGAAAAAUUAGAUAUAGAAAUUAAAAUACUGAAAUUAGAAUUAGCUUUUAAGGAAAAUAAUGGCAAUAAUUAAUUAUUUUUGUAUACCUAUUAUUAAACCCUGUAUCACUAUUAUUAAGCACGCGGUAGAAAAA